CGGCAAACUUCUAGCAUAUGGGUUGAAAGGUUUAUAUUUCUGGCGAACUGUUGAAAUACUGCUAUAAGGAGCAGGAUGGGAUAGUUGGAGGGUAAUGUCAAUAGAAUAAGCUUUUGCAAUGACGUUUAGCGAAACCUCUAAGCGGCAACCUUGAAACAUUGCGCCAAAUACAAACUGGCCUCGAGUUCACUUCGGUUUUGUAUAUGGUCUUACCCGACUAUGGGAGGACGUGUUAGUCGCGGACAAGAUAACCAGUCACUUAUUGAUAUAUUGGUGGAAAGCGGUUUAACACUGAAUCCUGAAACUGAGCGUGCACUGCGCUUAGUUGAUAGAGGCAGCUAUUAUGAUGUAAAGAGCUCGGGUGCUUAUAUAGACUUAGCUUAUAAAUCGGGUCCCCUUCAUAUUUCAGCACCUAGUAUCUACUUUGUGGCGCUCAAAAAUCUGGAUAUACAGCCGGGGAACCACUUUUUGAAUAUUGGUAGCGGAACAGGUUACCUUAGCACAGUAGUUGGAUUGUUGCUAGGAUAUAACGGAGUUAAUCAUGGAAUUGAGGUGAAUGAUAUCAUUGUCAGCUUUUCACGUCAGCAAUUGGAGACCUUUAUGUCUGAGUGUGAUGCGCCAUUUGAACGUUCAUUCUGUCCCCCAGUCUUCCUGCACGGAAAUAUUCUAGAUCUAGUUGCUCCUUUGAAUCAGCCGGCAAGUACAAACUCCGAUGUUUUUCCACAGUCUUCUGAAGUGCUUAUUCCUGAAAUAAUUCGGAAUCAUUCGGAUAGUCAGCUGUUAAAUAACAGUUCGGUUAUUUCAUCAAAUGAUCACAUUUCCGAAGAAAGACAAGGUCGUUCAUCAGAAGAUGGAAUAGAAGCAAUGGUUGACGAUGAAAUCAGUGGAAAUGAUAGACUAAAUGACGAUGACGAUGAAAGUGAGAGUGAUUUUGAUCCGACAAUGUGGGAAGAUUUUAUUAUUGGCCAACCUCCUGUCAUACACUCAGAUAGUUCUUCACCACAUGAGCAAAAUGGUGAUAUACCACAAUGGCCAGUCUACGAUCGGAUAUAUGUAGGUGCUGCUGUUACUAGUCGUGCUCACUUACAAUCUAUACUUCGCCUUCUCAAAAUCGGCGGCAUAUUAGUAGUACCUUAUCGAGAUAAAUUUUUGAAAAUCAUACGAAUUGACGAAAACAGAAUAAAUGCUUCAGAAUUAAUGACAGUCAGCUUUGCGACUCUUCUUCCAUCCGAAAUGGAUUCCGAGAGGCGAGUUGAAUCGCCUCCUAAGCAAAGCGUGCCACCACUGGAGCAGCUAGCUGCACGCCUUAUACGAAGCCUCCUUCGGAAGGCAAUAGAAUCUCGUCAUAAUGGCCCACCAGUUCUUGGCCGCAUGGAAAAAAUAGAUGUUGAUGAGGGGGAAACUGUUACAAUCAAUGAUACUAAUGGAGAAUUGGAAACCACGAUGGAUACAAUAGACUCAGAGGAGGCGAAUGAAACCGGUGAGGAAAAUGGUGUGUUGAGGCGUGGAAGACAAUAUGUUAGUCCAGCAACUGCACAGAAUGCACCAAUGGCUCGAUUUUUACAUUAUUUAAUAAAUCAUGCAGAGAUAGGUGAAGAUAGGCCAAUUUCAAAUCAAAGUUCAGCAAAUGAAAAUAGCUUGGACACAACUGGUUCGGAUGAAGUACUGGAUGUUUCGACUGAGGAACAUGAUUCAUCGAUCGCAGAUAAUGAAGAAUCUGUUCACGACGCGACAGAAUCUCAACAAGGCCUCUCACCCGACCGAAGGGUUUAUUUUCGUAGCCUUAUGAAUCAUAUUGAUCGUGCAAUUAGUGCUACAGUCACUGGACGUGAGAACAACCGAACUGGCAACACAAGCGAUACCGAUGUGUCAGUGGAUAGAGAGCCAACCUCUGUAUACAGAUGGAACAAAAAAGGUGAUAAAUACCGUUGGGUUCCCCCAAGUUAUACUUACAAAGAGGAAAUGCAGCGCAUUCUGUCAGAAGAAUUACACCUUGGAAACGCUUUAAUCCGAUCUGUAAUAACACUGUGAAGAAAUGUAGAUUACCUUAUGUUUGUUUCGUUUUAUGAUUUAAUAAGAUAUCAAAGAAUUAUGAUUAUCAUUCACAAUUUCAUGACAAACUUUAUAUUUGUACUACAUAACUUUUCCACGCAAACUCGUGUUCGGAGCUAGAACCCUGCAUUUCUAGAUUUUAGGGACCUUGCUGUAAUUCUCCUACUGAUUAUCCUUUCCAUGCAUUAAAAUAAAAGAAAUAAACAAUCUGUGUAUUUUUUAUCUUUUGGCA